AUGCACCCUGAGUGCUCCAUUUAUCAGGGUAUCACCCUGAUUGAGGACGAGGGUAAUCGCACAUACGGGGAGUUGACCCGCCUUGCGUUUGGUGUGUCAAUUGCUCCAAAGGUCCUCCGCUCCGUCAUUGACUUCAUUCUAGAAGAAGCUGGAAUUGACGGAGGUGUCGAGCCUUAUUUCGAUGACUUGCGCGUGCCCAAAUCCCAGGUGGAUAAUGUCGUCAAGGCUCUCAACCAGAAUGGGUUCAGCCUGAAAGAGCCCGAGGAGGCCGAGACAUCUGGUAUUCUCGGUUUGCAACGUAUUCCAGGCAACAUUUGGACUCGCCGCAGUCCGCUCGGUCCCAUACAGGGAGAAACUUACCACCAUCUCAAAUCGUGGGUAGCGACCUUAGCGUGUUCACACUACCCGGUUUUGCGAUGGUUACGGCCAGCGGCUCGCGGGUUGGAACGGAUUGGUCACCUCGAGAACCCUUCUGCAUCCAAGUCCUUACUCCUUUCGCAGAACAUUCUGCGGAAAUGCGAGGCACUACAUCGUGAUAUCUUCUCCCGUGGUGAUCCAGCUACUGGUAAAGUUACCGUCGAUGCUGGGUCCACAUGGCGAUUGUAUUGCGAUGCCUCUGACCUGAGCUUAGGGGCCUGCCUAUAUUUCGGCUCUACCUACGUCGAGGAUGUCUCCUGGCUACGAAAACUCGGAGACAUCCGGCUGAUCGACGUGGUCGAACUAGAAGCAGCCUUAAAAGGGCUCAAUACUCUAGUUCUUUCUUGGCGCCGAACCCUAGGCAUGACGGGAAGGCAGUCGAUUGAGGUCUAUACCGACAAUCGACCUGUACUCGAACAACUCCAACGGAAGUUAGCGUCUCACUGGCAUUCCAGCGAGGGUCUCACGGUCGGUUCUGCUGAGGCACGACUUCAGAUGAUUGAAGAUACCUUCGAGGUCUCAGGCUUGUCAGUGUCUUAUCAUUACGUGGAGAGUGAGAGGAAUCCGGCCGAUCAUCUCACACGACUUCCCACAUACCUCCGUUGGAAAAAACCUUCCCGUCGAUCACCCGCUCCACAGUUGGCUGCUCCGGCUAUUCUUGCGGAUCAGGAGGAGUCGUGGCGCGAAGCUUCUCAAGCCAAUGAAGACGGAUUGUACAUUCCUGACUCUCACCUGAUUGAGUUCCUUACUGAGGUACACAACGAUCAUCACGAAGGCUCUGAAGGUCUGUUCAACAGAUUGCGAGGAUGA